AUGGGCUACGUGUUGUUGAGGGAGUACCUGAACGCGCGGGAGCUAGAGCAAAAAACUCAGCUUGUGGAACGAGACCAAGUGUGUGGCCGAAGGAAUAGACAUGAGUCGGUAACCCAGGAGCCCUGUGGCUCGAAGGGUUUGUCAACAAUGGGAGAUUCGCACUCCGUUGGAGCGUUCAAUCUGACGAAUGACAGUGUGAAUUCGAGAUAUAAAAACCCUCGGCUGCUGGUUGUGGGUUUCCCGGACAGAAUAGGGCUAGAUUGCGCAAAAGAAGACAUAGUAGUGAAUCAGGCCGCCACCUCCCCCUUGCCAAAUGGAAUUCCCACAUACACUGUUUAUAUUGUGAAUGUGUGCAGGACAGGCUGCUCCAUAGCAGAGAUCCACCUCACCUGCGGAUGGUUCAGCUCUGCGCGAAUGAUAAAUCCCAAAUUAUUCAAGCGUUUGAAUUACAAUGACUGCCUUGUCAACGAUGGGAAGCCAUUAAAGCCCGGCGGCUCCAUAUCCAUUCAGUAUGCUAACACUUUUAAAUAUCCCAUGGAAGUCUCUUAUGUUAAAUGUCUCCCAUGA